AGUUAUGAAUAUAAAACGCGUACUUUCCAUACAAAAUGUAAUCAGAUUAAGCGCGAGCAUUAAAUUGACAAGUUUCAAUUGGAAUAUCACGGUAAACUCACUGGACGUCCGUUCACCAGCUUUUACUAAAUGAACUUCAGAUUUCUUUCGCGUACUUUUCCACUGCGCGAUUAUUACUUCUAUGUGCCGAAGUUGUGUCUCGGUGCGCUGGGCUUUUGGCCGUUGGACACAAGUGCGCCGAAUGCUUCCAAUGUGUGGGCUUGGGUGAAUCUCAUUAUUUUGACCAUUGGAGUCUUUACCGAGAUCCAUGCGGGCUGCACGGUGCUGAAGACCGAUCUGGAACUCGCUUUGGACACACUCUGUCCUGCCGGUACCUCGGCAGUGACAUUACUCAAAAUGGCUUUGAUCUAUUACUAUCGCAAGGAUUUGGCAUGGGUGCUAAAGCGGAUGCGUGACUUGGUGUAUGAACGCGACGUGUCAAUAAAUACCGUUAAGAAGCAUAUUGUACGCGCGCACGCCGUUAUGGCAGCACGUCUCAAUUUCAUACCGUUCGUUAUGGGCUUCAUCACGUGCACCUCAUACAAUCUCAAGCCGUUGCUAAUGACUCUGAUACUCUAUAUGCAAGGACAAGAGCCCAUGUGGAAGCUGCCAUUCAAUAUGACCAUGCCGUCAUUUCUGCUGCACGCGCCCUACUUUCCGCUAACCUACAUAUUCACCGCCUACACGGGCUACAUUACGAUCUUCAUGUACGGCGGCUGUGAUGCAUUUUACUUCGAAUUCUGUUCGAAUACAGCGGCUCUGCUCGAACUGUUGCAGAACGAUUUGAAGUCCAUCAUCAAGUUUGACCAACUCAGCUUAACAACGGAGGAGUCCACCGUGCUGGAGUGGCGUUUGGUGCAAUUCAUAAAGCGCCACAAUGAUAUUAUCGAGUUGACGCGCUUCUUCUGCAAACGUUACACUGUCAUCACAUUGGCGCACUUUGUCUCUGCUGGUCUGGUGAUUGGAGCAAGUAUAUUUGACCUUAUGACGUUUACCGGAUUCGGCAUUGUCAUCUACAUUGGCUAUACCAUCGCCGUUUUGGGUCAGCUUUUCAUUUACUGCUAUGGUGGCAGCAUGGUGGCGGAGAGCAGCGUGCAAUUGGCCACCGUGGCGUGUGGCUGUGAUUGGCAUGCCUGCAAUCCCAGACUGCGUCGCUAUGUCCUAAUGAUAAUUAUGCGCUCACAGCGUGCCAUCAGCAUGUCAGUGCCAUUCUUUGCACCCUCGUUAAUCACGUUCACGUCGAUACUGCAGACAUCCGGUUCGAUUAUAGCUUUGGCCUCCUCUUUCAAAUGAAUGAUAGCAUAAAAACUGUGGAAAAUAAUGAGCUUAAAUAACUUGCAGCGAUAAUGGCAACGCAUUAAAUUUAAUUCUUGUCGCACUGCAGUAGCACAACUGGACUAAAUGUUACGUAUACGCCACGCUGCUUUUUUAAGCUCUUUCUUUAUUAGUAAUUACAAACAACCUGUGGUAAUUAGCAGACACAGAUUAAAUAUUAUUUGUAUUUGAU